AUUAGCUCAUCGGCUACGUAACCCGAGCCCCGCGCUUCCAUGGAGCAGCAAAGGGUCUUUCGGGCGACCCCCGGGGGCGGGCUGCUGCCGGAGCCAUAGGGAGAAUGGCCCGAGUGCGGACUGUUCCCCGGUCGGCCAGGCGGGGUCAGUGUCCCGGGACAGCGGGGCGGAAGCCCGGGGGCUGACUCCACCUCCCUCAAACUUUCACUUUCUGCUUCAGUUCUGGGUGUCGGAGCCACGGCCUGGGAUCGGCCCUGCUAAACCCUUCCCACGUCAGAUCGGGGAUCCGCACUUCAUCGCAAUGUUUUAAGUUAUAUAUAUUUUUUGUCUGUCGUUAGUUUGGAGCGAGGCAGAGGAAUCGAAAAUCUUUAAAUAGAAUCGCACGUAGACAAUCUCAAUCAGUUGUGCUCAAAACGUGUUCUGCGUUAUUGGAAUUAAAUCUUUUUUCUCCCUCAAAAAAAGGAUCACUCAGUGAUUUUUCACCUCCCUCGUCUUCCACUCCGGUUAGGGUCCCCGCAGGAUGUCAAACAGGCGCAAACCUCGCUUGGUGUCGGUGUCCCAUCGCAAACUGCCUCUCCUCCCGUUCGGGUGCCUCUGGAUCCCGUGUAGCAACCGGUUCGUUUGCCUGGGGACAGGCUCCGGCUCCGGGACACCAGGCAACGGGGUAAUCGGGGUGUACGGGACAGCGAGCGGGGAGAUCCGGGACGUGCACACGAUUGAAAAGCCGAGAGCCUUCCGAUGUGGCACUUUCGGAGCUUCCAGCCUGCAGCAGAGACACCUGGCUACAGGGGACUUUGACGGCAAUCUGCACAUCUGGAAUCUGGAAGCACCUGAGGCCCCUCUCUACACGGCUAAAGCACAUCGAGAAAUUAUCAACUGUAUUGAUGGUGUAGGGGGGCUGGGAAUUGGUCAGGGAGCCCCGGAAAUUGUCACCGGAAGCAGGGAUGGGUCGGUCAGGGUGUGGGACUCUCGGCAGAAGGACCUUCCUGUGGCCAACAUGGAGCCAGCAGAGGGCUUCAACAGGAGGGACUGCUGGACUGUCACUUUUGGUCACACGUGUAGUCAGUGGGACCGCUGUGUUUGUGCCGGCUACGACAACGGGGACAUCAAGCUGUUUGACCUGCGGAACAUGGAGGUUCGAUGGGAGACAAACAUCAAGAGUGGUGCAUGUUGCAUGGAAUUUGACAAGAAAGACAGCACUUUAAAUAAACUGGUAGUGACGACCCUGGAGGGGAGGAUUCACAUCUUCAACAUGCAGGAGUUCAACGCCAACAAGGGCUUUUCCUGUCGGAGUGAGAAGCCAUACAGAUCCACAGCAUGGACAGUGAGGCACCUCCCUCAGAAUCGAUCCAUCUUCGUAACAAGUGGAGGAGCUGGGAGUCUGCACCUCUGGAAACACAGCAAUUCUUCAACACUGCAUGAAAGGACUAACCAUGAGCGAGAGGACAAGGAAUCCACAAGUCCCACCCUCCUGAACAGCAUCUCCCUCUCCUCACAGCCCAUUGGAAGCCUGGAUUGGAACAGCGAUAAGCAAGGCCUCUGUAUCUCUGCAUCCUUUGACCGCAAGGUCCACAUCAUCUUCAUCGCAGACCAGCAAACCUUCUAGGUGGAACAGUGGGCAGCAUAGAAGUUGGAGGUGGCAGUUAGAACAAUCUUUACUACUUGAAGCUUAGCAGUCUAUUGACUCAUCAAGGGCUUUCUUUUUGAUCGUGAAAGGCCCUCAGGUGUGAGGUGUCAGAAGUGACAAUACUGUAUUUUGUUAACAGGAAUUUAUUGUAAUUGAGUUGAGAUAAACGGUAUUUUUCAAUGCAAUGGCUUCUCAGCUCAUGUCAUGAUGGCUGCUGUGUUAAAUAAACAAACUGUGAACACUUGAACAGGUUCAUUAAGGUUGUUAUAGCCGGGGGUGUUAAUGGGGACAAGCUCCCACUGCAUAAUAAAUGCUCCCAAUGGUGUGCACCUCAAGUAGCCUCUGACAACCAAGUCCAGCUCCUGGCCUUCACAUGUGGCUUAGCUACUAAGCCUGACACAACUCUUUCUACUGGCAGGGAAAGGAGAAAAUGCAGGUUACCGGCUCCUUAAAACCGGUUGCUUCGGACAGAUAGACUCAUCUAGGAGAAGGAAAACUCUGAUCUCAAACCUCCGCUGCCUUGUAGCUAUACCCACGGCCGGGGAAGGCUUCAGGAGUAAAUCCAUGAGGGGAAAAGUCCGGAGCUGGCCGGCAACCUCGGCGACUCCACUGGUGCCAAACUCUGAUCAGUCUCUUCCAUUCCUUUGGGUUCAUUAGGUGCGUGGAGAGGGGAGCUUGCUACAUGGAAAACAGCUUGCUUUCCGUGUUGCAUAUCUAGACGGCUAAGAUACAACAUUCAUUGUUAACCCUGACCAGUGGACGCCCCACUGAACACUUGAAUGGUAGACUGUUUAGUACAGAUACAAAAGUACAGAGUCAAAUAAGGGUGUGGUAUUAAAAAGAAACAACUUGCAUAAAAUAAUCAAAUGGAGCAAAGUUAAUUAAUUGUUGAGAUACUGUGUGGAAUAGGCCCUUCCAGCUAAGCCAUCCAGCAAUCCCCCGAUUUAAUCCUAGCCUAAUCACGGGACAAUUUUCAAUGACCAGUUAAUCUACCAACCGGUGCAUCUUUGGACUGUGGGAGGAAACUGGAGCACUGAACCCCACACGGUCAUGGUGAGAACGUUCAAACUCAUUACAGGCAGCAGCGCGGAAUGAAGUGAGUGUGCUAACCAAGCCAUCCCUGUGAAAGAACGAAAGCUGAAAUCGAACUUAGAACAGCACAGUACGGGCCCUGUCAGCCCACAAUAUUCUGCUGACCCUUCAACCUACUCGAAGAUCAAUCUAAUCCUUCCCUCUUCUGUAGUCCCCCAUUUUUCUUUCAUCCAUGUGCCUAUCUAAGAGUUUGUUAAAUGUCCUGAAUGUACCUGUGUCUACCGCCACCCCCGGAAGGGUGUUCCAUGCACUCACCCCCUCGCUGUCUUUUUGUCCCAAGUUCACGUUGUGGGACUUCGAACAGGGAGUGGAGACCUAGACCACAGGUACCUUUUGUCUUCUCUCCAGAUUGCUGGACUUCGAACACAGAGCAUAGCUCCUCUGCAUCAUUGUCCCAAAACCCUAAUGUGACCACUAACUCUCACCUUCUAUCCCCAAAACCAUCCCUAUGAUCAGAAUUGGACUAGAAUAUAGAAGCAAGGGUGUAAUGUUGAGGCACUGGCGAGGCCUCACUUGGGGUAUUGUGAGCAGUUUCGCGCUCCAUAUCUAAGAAAGGACUUGCUGACAUUGGAGAGGUUUCACGAAAACGAUUCCAGGGUUCAAGGGCUUGUCAUAAGAGGAGUGUUUAAUGGCUCUGGUCCUGUACACACUGGAAUUUAAAUGAGUUUGGGCGGGGGGGGGGAGUGGAUAGAACCUCAUUAAAACCUAUCGAAUGUUGAAAGGCCUCGAUAGAGUGGACGUGGAGAGGAUAUUUCCUACGGUGGGGGAGUCUAAGACCAGAGGACACAGCCUCAGAAUAGAGGGAUGCCUAUUUUGAAUGGAGAUGAGGAAUUUCUUUACUGGGAGAGUGGUUAAUCUCUGGAAUUCGUUGCCACAGUGCAACUGUGGAGGACAAGUCAUUGGGUAUAUUUGAGGGAGAGAUUAAUCAGUUCUUGAUUAGUCCGGAAUGAACGGAUACGGGGAGAAGGCAGUGGAUUGGGUCUGAGAGGGAAAUGGAUCAGCAAUGAUGAAACGGUGGAGCAGACUCAGACUAGAGUGGCCAAAUGGCCUAAUCCUGCUCCUAUAUCUUACGGUCUGUGGUGUCAAAAAAACAACUAAGUCUGGGCAUGAUCUCAGCAGAGUCCACAGCUCGGCGCUAUCUUGAAAAAAAAGGAUUUUUUGGAAAUCAAAACUUAAAUAAAUCAUAAUUUAUUUUAUAAUUAGUACAAUCUUAGAUCAUAAGACCAGAAGACAUAGGAGGAGAAGGCCAUUUGGCCCAUUGAGUCUGCUCUGCCAUUUCAUCAUGGCUGAUCCAUUUUCCCUUUCAGAACCAAUCUCCUACCUUCUCCUCGUGCCCUGACUAAUCAAGAAUCUAUCAACCUCUGCCUUAAAUAUACCCAAUGACGUGCCUGUGGCAACAAGUUCCACAGAUUCGCCACUCUCUGACUAAAGAAAUUCCUCUUCAUCUCGGUUCUAAAAGGACGCCCCUAUAUUCUGAUGCUGCGUCCUCUGGUCCUAGGAUUCAAUCUUGCAUCCUUCUAAUCGCAACAAGAGAAAUUGUUCAGUCCAGUACAAGGUGCAUUCUAGAGUGUUGAAAGUUUUCUGGUAAAUCGCUUAACACACACACCAAGGAGUGAAUCUGUACAGGUUCACUACUGUGUUACUGAGGAGAGGAGAACUGGCUUGUCACCAGAUUAUAGUAAACAAGUGCAUGACACAAGGAAGGUCAGAAUUGUAGAUACAUAUACUUCAUUUAAAAAGUUUUUCUAUUCAAAAAUGUACGUGUUGUACUGAAAGAACAAAUAAAUCUGUCAAGAGUGAUCUGUCAUUGGAUUGGAUUUCUAGAUACAACAAGUUUCACACAAACAAUCUCAUAGUGCUUCUUAUGAAAGAUAAAUUUUAAAAGCAUGUCAAAAGCAGCAUCAGAAUCAAAAUUAGGUUUAAUAUCACAGGCAGAUGUUGUGAAAUUUGUCGUUAUGUGGCAGCAAUGC